UAUAGGAUUUGGUACAGCACUAGAGUCAAAUUUCAUACAGUACACAACAUGUAUACACUUAUCGGAGUAUAAGUAUAAAUAGAAACAGUAAUAAGCAUCCAGCGCUAUUGGUUAAGUUGUUUUUUUUUUGUUUCCAUGGUGACACGUUUUACCUUUCAGGUCUGCUGAGUACUCCACGGGAGCCAUCCACUCGUAGUCAUAAAUGCGUUUGCUGCUAGUGGGGAGCAUGUUGAAGAUGUCAUCCGCACUGGAGUCUGCGUGCCCAGGCCCGGAGGCUGCCACCCCGCUGUCCGGCCACAGAUUGAGGGGAUGCUGGUCGUCCUCCGGACGAGCGUCUCUGUCGUCGUUUUCUUGGCCGCUCUGCUCCCCGUCCAUCUCCGCUCCCCCUCUGGAGUUCUUGUCCUUCAUCAGCUCCAUUUUCAGUACCCGUAUCCUAAUGCUGACCAUUUGGCGGAUCUCGGAGAUCGCCGUUUCUAACACCACGCUGAUAUUCCUGCCCAGGUGCUCGCUGAUGUCGUUUACCGAGCACAGCAGCUCUUCGUCGGGCUCCAGCAUCAGGAAAUCGCCGUCGUUCGACCCGGGAGGCUCCAUGAAAGCACCCUGGAGUCCAGGGGACAGGUUAGUGUCAGAGAAACUGUGAUUUCUUUUGCGACUCAUAGAUGAUUUAACACGACGAUUCUCUGUUGACAGCAGAGUUUUUAAGCUAGCAAGCUAAUGUUAUGCUGAUGCUCCAGGGUGGCUAGUGAAGUUUAGCAUGGGUGAUCACACCGGAUUAUAGUACUACAAAAUAAAAGCAGCAUAGUGAGAACAAUGCUUUGACUAAGCCAAUGUGAACCGUUAACUGACGUGUAUUUUUUAAACCGGAAAUUGGAUCUUAUCGUUAUUAGACAUGAACUUUACUAUAAAUGUUGCUCUUUAACGGUAACAGUAGACGUGGGCGAUACUGCAAAUUUUUGUAACGAUCCGAUACCAAGUAAAUACUGCACAUUGCCAUUAUUGCAGAUGCACAUUUUAGUGGUUUUUGCCUUAAUUUGUUGAUCAUGAUUAUAAUCACAAUAAAACACUGGACAACAAAUAUAUUUUUUUGUCAAUGCAUUUAUUUUAUCAAUGCAAUUUAAAAAUAUUUAAACACACAUUUCCUCCAAAUGACACAUUUUCCUAAACCAGCACUCAAAAAGGAAAAGCGAGUAGUAAAACUGAGGUACACUGUUCCGCAGAUAGUCCGCAGUAAGUGAAAUCCGUGAGGUAGCCAACUAUAUUUUGCCACAAUUAUUAUAUAUGUUUAAAGCUGUAAAAUUCCUCACCAUAUAUACAGGCAUUAACAUUUUCCCACCUUUGUCUCUUGGUUAAACACUCUCAAAUUUCCUUUGAAUUUUAAUGAUCAACUUACGAGAUUGGACACAAAUUCAGUGACUGAGGCAUUCAUUCUGUUGAUCGUGGCUUGUCCUGGCGCCGUUGGGCUGUAGACUUUUUGCAUCCUUAUUAAAACAUAAUCCUCCCUGUCCUCCUUCAUGAGCAAACUGGAUACAUCUUCAACGCUCACAUGAGAAUACAACACCAUCUACUGGUAGCAGUAGUAAAUACAAGGAGCAGACACAUCUGAGAGAUCACACUAAUAUAACACAAGGAUGCAGAACACAAUGUACGUUCAUCCUCCAAAAAAGUGCAAUCACCAAUCGAUCUUUUGUGUCUUUUAAUGUUUAAUAUUUUUUCCAACAACCUCAUUAAGAAAGCUGUUGUGGAAUGACUAGUGUGCAUAGUGUAGCUAACACCGGCUAAUAACGUUUCUGCCAACAUUGUAUGUGUCAUAUGUUUGUACUUCUGGCAGUAUAACUGCAAGUAUUAGCCAAAUGUUUGACUGAUGGACUACAUUUUGUUUUUUGUCUGAUUACUUCAUUUUUCCUGUGCACGUGUGUGUGUAUGUGUGUGUGUUUGUAAUGUGGGGUGUGGCUUGCAUGCUCCGAGUAGAUUGAGCGCCAUCACCCCACUGCAAAAGUAAAUGUGUGUACUGUGUUGCCACCUUUGAUUCUGUAACAUAGAUUCAUAACAUUGAUUUUUAUUUUUUUUUAAUAGGGUGCUUAACUGAAAACACUGUGAAGGUUAGAUGUUAGUAAACUUAUUGAUAUUUGUUGGAGUUUUUUUCCCUGAACUGCACCAAACUGUUCCAGAGCUUGUGUUCUCAGUGGAAGAGGAACUGAGCGGAGGAAAGGAAGUGCUGAGUGUGUUCCUGGUGUGGCUCACACACACACACAAAAUGACACAGUCAGUGCAAAAAAAACCAAAAGAGAAAGUUCUCUGAGGGAGCCUGCAUGAACCAAAUGAAGGACUGGGCAAGCAGUUUUCUUCCAUGAUGGAGCGAAACAGACGGCACAGCAGACUUGUGGGGGGCGCUUUUUGCAGAGAUGCUGCCAGUGUUAAGGGAACACCCGGAGAGAACCUUCCAGGAGGUCUACCUCUACGUCUGGAUGUGGUCACUGGUCCAGAGCGUCUUUCUGCGCUCGAGGAGUCGCAGGAACUGCAAGGGAAACUGCGGCUUUUGCAGGCCGACAGCACAGAACUCGAUGCUCUUUUUACGGAGUUGUCUGCCCGUGUGGUCUCCAUUGACAGCGAGGACAAAGUGAUUUUUGUUACUUUCCAGAUGUUUGAGCAAGUGUGGAAGUUCACCACAUAUUAUACACAUGGUCUUCUGGGUCACUGCUUGGAGAAUCUAUUGUUCCAUGAAAAGUCUUGGCUAGAGAAAGAUCUAGCAAUGGAGGUUUCCAUCGAUGAGGACACGCUUCACCUUGUUUACAUGUGCAUUCUCAUGCAAGAAGCAUCACUCUUCACCAGCUGCACGGCCAACCAGAUGUUUGAUAGCUCCACAUCCGCUGGAGACCUGUACCUGGAGCAAGGGGACGUAGCCCUCUUUGAACCCCCCUUCCUGGGCUCAGGCUGGACUGUUCUUUGUUUAGCAGAUGGAGCCCGGGGCACUGCCCCGAAACCUGCGCUGGAACCUGUUCUACCUUUUCAUCAGUGGUUUCUCAAGUCUUGUGCAGAAAGCAUUUUGGUUGGGGACGGCAAGCCUGUCUGUGAUUUCCCUCUGCAUUUUGCAAGAGGCAUCUGUGUGGCCGCUGUGCAGUAUGAUGCCGAAGGUCCAGACGAGCUCAGUUUGUUACCAGGCGAUCGCGUUAUCAUUGUGGGACGACUCGCAUCCUGUCACCUUUGGUUCUUAGGCAUGAAGGAAGCAACUAGCGAAGUAGGCCUGGUGGGAACGAGCAACGUCAAAGUGUCCGCUGACACAUACGAGUCAGCAGACGUCCUUCUGGACACAGAGGAAGCCACCUUGUUUAGACUGCAAGAGGACAAGGUCAUUGAGCAAAGCACCGCUUUGUUGAAGGACAAAUGUUGCAGUGACAUCAGUCGUUACUACAAGCUAGAUGUGUUCACUUUCCAAGACUCUGAGAAGAAGCAGUCAAGAGCUCCGUCUGCCACACUUGAACCAGUCUUAAGAAAAAUUAUUCUUACCCAAGAGAAGGAUUCAUCCUCCGAGUGUAUCCUGGAGAGGAUCCAAAAUGAUGUGAACAAGGCCGAUGAAGUCAAACUUCCUUUUUUCGUAGCAGCUGAAGAAGGACACAGAAACAUCACAAUGCUUGUGUCUUUUUUGGACGGACAACACUGUAAAGAUGAGUUCAAGGUCCUCUACAAUCUCAGUCCUGAUCUCCUGUCCUCGUCUGUCUUCUGCGCUCAUGAGGAUGAGUUGAUUUCUUUCCUAGCUAUUGCCAGGGAAACCGCUAGGAAAAAGAGACUAUUGUGGCCGCAGACGCGUCUUUGCUUCCUAUUGGCUAAGCUUUGUGCAGGCAGAUCAAAGUUCAGCCAGGCCCGAGUGUACUUGGAGGAAGCUCUUGGCGUUCCCUGUGAAACCUUCACUGACAUCAGGCUACUGGCCAGCAUUUACUCAAACUUGGCUGGCAUUUAUCUUUUACAGAAGAACACAGAGAGCUUCUUUGGUCAGGCGGAGCGACUUGCCGCUUUGUUGAUGGCAACUCCAGACUGCUUGGAAUGCGUGGAGGACAGCUCGGUUCUUAAAUACAUCCUCAAGAAAGCACUUCUGUCUCACAACAAAACGGUAGAAGCCCGAGCUUGUUACCUCCUGGCUAUGCAUCACUGGACUCGUGCUGAGGGUGCAAAAGUGGUCCCAUACCUGGAAAGACUACUUGCGCUUUGUGCUGGAGCACAGGGAAUGUUAAACAUCUCCACUAGUGGAGGAUAUCUAAUUCUAGGCAGGCUCUACAGAGAAAUGAGCCUCCCUAAUCUUAGUGUUAGCUCAGCACGGAGAGCAUCCUUGCAUCCUGGUUUAACGCUGACUGAAAGCCUCAGCAGCAUGCUUCUCGUCUCCAAAAAUGUCCAACAACUGUGUGGAACCCAGGAAAAGAACUCCUUCCCGGCUUUCAUGGCUCCCUAUUUAAACCAGUGUCUUACUUUAACCGGGAUGCAAGGAGCAUGCAAACAGUUGAAGCACCAGCUUGCUGUGUGUCUUUCACAGCUCUUUUAUCAGCAUAGAAUGGUCGGCAAAGCCAUCCAACUCAUGCAGGCACUCAUCGACAAUCCCCCUCCGUGUCUUUCCGACUCACUGGCGGAACAGAAGAGUGCUCUUAUCUGGCUGGCGUGGCUGCAUAUCGACAACGGCCAAGCGACCGUGGCGCUGCGCAUCUUGGAUGAGGUCCUCACCGCGCUCCCAGAGCACUGCACCACGCCACUGGAAGGAUUGGUUCUCAACAUGCGUGGCGUAGCGCUGCGCUGCAUGGGAGACCUCCGGAGGGCAGCAGAGAGCUACCAGGGUGCUGUGGACAUCUGCCAGGAGUAUGAAGACAUGGCAAACUGGGCUGUAGCUCAGGCUAACAUUGGGCUGCUUUGUCUUAAGGCGGGUGCUAAAGGACUAGCGCAGAGGCACCUCAUGGAGUCUGUGCAGCUUUUCUCCGAGCUGGAUGAAGGAGGUCAUGAGACGACCUUCAUCGCCGUGCUGCUGGAGCUGGGACGACACUACGUGGACCAGCAGCAAACGCAUUAUGGGAAAGGAUGCUACGAGUGGGCUCUGCUGCUCGCCAUGCAUGCUAACCUCUUACAAUGCCAGCUGAAUGCCACCAGAUGUCUGUGCCACCUGUAUGAACGUGAGCGCUCGGAGCAGGCCCAGUGCAUCAUCUACAACCAAUACCAGGUCCGACUGCUUCAAGGCACACGGGAGCGGGAACAGGAGGGGGAGACGCUGGAAAUAGUCAGCCAGCUGUACCUUUCGCUGGCCACUCACAGGGCAUAUCGUGCAGCUCUAGACUACACAAAGAGCAGCCUGGCUAUUUUCAUUGACUUGGGCUUCAGGGAGAAAGAGGCGCACGGCUGGCUGCAGGCCGGGAAAAUCUACCACCUCCUGGGCCAGAAUGAACUUGUGGAACUUUACCUACAGGUGGCUCAGGACGUGGCUCUGAGCACAGGAGACACCAAGUUCAUCCUGGAAGUGCUGGAAGCUGCCGGGGACCUUUUCUUCAACAGCAGCCAGGAAAGAGACAAAGCUGUUGUCUACUACAGGGAUCGCGCUCUGCCUAUUGCGGUGAAGUAUGGUAGCUUGGCCAGCAGGCUAAGGUUGUGCAACAAGCUGUCAGAAGUCAUGCUUAGCCUAAAACUCUACGGAGAAGCUGUGGAGUUUGCUCACACCGUGCUGGACAUCAGUAUCACGCUAGGCGAUCAUCUGAAUGAGCGUGUGGGCUACCAUCGACUGGCCCGUUUGUACCAGUGUUUGGAUCAAUGCGAGCUGGCAGAACACUACUACCUGAAGACACUCAGCCUGUGUCCAGCACCUCUGCAGUUUGAUGAGGAAGCUCUCUACUAUGCCAGGGUCUACCACAACUUGGGGGACAUCCUCUUCUACCAUCUAAAGGAGCCCUUUGAUGCUGCAGGCUACUACCACUUGGCGCUGGCAGCCGCCAUGGAUGUCGGGAAUAAGCAAUGCCAGCUAACGCUGUGCACCCGGCUAGCCACCAUCUACCACAACUUCCUCAUGGACCGCGAGCUCUCACUCUAUUUUUAUAAGAAAGCCAGAGGACUUGCCGCAGAGCUGAAUGUGAGGAGGAUAAACAUCUUGGCGGAUCACAAGUAUGUCGCAGCAGUGGACUGUAGCACACAUUUAACGUCAUCAUUUAAUUCUGGACUGUCUACUUAG